CACCAGUGCAAAAGAAGCACCAAGCGGAGAAGGAAGACUUGCUUUGUGUUGGUGAAUAUACUCGCACUUCUGAGGCACAAGUCGAAACUGUGAGAAGCAGCAGGAGACUUGAGAUGCCUCGGGGUAGCACCUGCAAAGCCAAAGGAUGCACCACUAACAAGAACGAUAACCCCGAGCUGAGUUUCCACUCCUUCCCGAGAAACAAGGAAAGGUUCAAGUUGUGGUGUGAGUUGAUUGAACGGCCAGACCUUAACCAUGGGGAAGCCAUCUCAAACCGUAUGUCCAUGAGAGUGUGUUCCCUUCACUUUGAGGACCACAUGUACAUGAGUCCCACCAACAAAUCUCGGCUUAUUUGGUGUGCUGUUCCCAAACCUGUGGAUAUAAAAGAUCAUCCAAUGUCAGAAAGGGAAGAAAAAACUGCUUUGGUUCCCGUGCUGCCAGAAUCUGAUGCCAGUGAAAAGAGUUAUUUGGAUCCGUCUUGUCCUGAAGACAUCAUAAUUAAAGAAGAGAACCUUAUGGAUGAAAACUCCUGCAAUAAUGUCUCUCCACCAUCUUACUGUCCAGAAAGCUCUUCUGCACAGUUUUUAGUGGACAGCAAAGUUGGAAUUCUUGAACACAGCCAGUCAGGACAGUCUGUCAGAGAAAGAGUAGAAUCAAAAUCACAUCUAGAUAAUCCAGUAAGUGGUCAAGCAUUAUGUUCUGCAAAGGCUGAAUUUUUGGGACCUGUAACAGAUGCCUCAGUGUCUUUUGACAGUUCAGUCCUACCAUCAGAUGGCACUUCUGAGAUCACAUCAAUUCAAGAAAAGAAUGUUUGUUCUAUAAAAGAGAAUGUUAUAAAUGAACCAAGACAAUCUGUCAAAGAGAUGGACAGUAAUCAAGAUAGCAUUGUGUGCAUACCCAGUGAACCACUGAAUUCUGGAAGUCAAUUGAACAAACACAAUAUCCCUCCGUCAAGAAUAUCACUGCCUAUGGAUAGUAGUGCCACUUCUGAAACAAAAAUUACAAUCUCUAAUGUAAAAAAUGUUUCUCUGUCUCACAAUUCUGCAAAUGCAUCUUUACAGUCUCAGGCAAAGAGUACAAGUUCUCAGUCAUCAAUCUCUUCAUCAAACUCAUUCUCUGCUCCACAACUGGAUGCUGCAAGCAACUGUAGUAUAGUGUUGCAAAAGUUUCCUUCAAGGCAUCAGUCCAAGCUCUUGAAUUCGGAUUCCAUUGAACCCUUUGCCGACACAAUCAGUAUGAAAGAAAACUUUUGUGAGAAGCUUGAAGUUAAUGAAGAAACCAUAAAUGAAAGAAAGAGUGGAUGCGGGGAGAACUGUGGCUGUAACAAGUGCUUUGCAGCAGCUGAAGUCAUGAAGGCAACCUCACGACGCACAUAUUCUGGUCCCAUCCGACGUCAAAUAGUGAAGACUAAAAGUGGUGCCAAAAGAACAAUUAUGAUUGUGAAGAAAGCAUCUUUAAAGAAUUUACGAGCCAAAGGCCUUAUUCAACCCAUAGGAACAAAAUAUACAGCAAAUCAAGCACAUUCUCUGCAAUCUUCAAACAAGAAUAUCAUCCAGUAUGUUUCAGUUAGCACCAAUGAUCCUUCUAAUAAUUCCUCAAAGGGUUCUCAGUUGGAAGAUUCAUUUCCUUUAAAAGAAGCAGACUCAUGCAGGAAGAUUUCUUCUAUCCAAACACUUGCUGAUGAUAACUGUGAUGGAUAUUCUUCAAGUACAGACUCAGUGGAUGAACCUGAGGUUUCUAGUCAUGCAACUCAAACCCCCAAUCCUCAGGCUGUAAAUCAAGAUCCACAAAUUCCUGUUAAAGUGUCAUUGGUACAAACAGCUAUUUCUGAUGCUGUAAAUCAACACACACAAGCUCCGGUCACAAUGCCAUUAGCACAAACUCCUAUUACCAAGUCAGUAUAUCAACACACACAAGCUCCUGUCACAGUGCCAUUAGCACAAACUCCUAUUGCCGAGUCUGUAAAUCAAGACACACAAGCUCCUGUUACAGUGUCAUGGGCACCUGUGAAUGGGUCAGAUUCUCUAUCUUUCACAUUCACUGUUAAACUUCCUCCAGGGUUCAGCACUCCUUCUGGCAUUAGUCAUGAAUCUCUACAAAAAGCAACAUCAUUGUUAAAUAAUACUGCUCAGUGUACAGUUAGUCAACCUAAUUUACAAACUAGAGAAGACCUUAAUAAGAAGUCAAGCAGCCAUUCAUUGAGCAACUCAGGCAUAGCUCCAGAUCAGAGAAUAAAAGAAAGUAAAGAAUUAGCAUCAUCGCAUUCCAUUACAACUGUAGAUUCUUGGCAAAUUGACACGCCAGCUGCACCAUCAAAACAUUUACUCCCACCUCCUGUAAUGAGCACUUAUAAUCGAAGCAGUGAUAGUCAUUCAUCUGAAAGUACAAGCCCAACAAUACACACAUCCUCUGCAUCCCAUCUUGUCCAUCGCCCCAUUCAUGUCACCAUUCCUGAUUUAGCUUGUGAGACAAGCAGUGAAGAGAAGAAAAUCAACAGCAGCAGAAGUCUUGGGGAAAGGAGAGGUAAUCAGCCAAGUAAAAUAAGACCCAGGAAUAGAGAAAGUAUACAGUGGAUUGCUGUGCCUUCUGGAUCUAUUCAUCAGACCUCCCUUCAUCUUCUGGAGCUCUUGAACCAAUAG